AACCCUAAUUUGCACUACUCAAAAACCCUAAACCCCAAAACGCUGUUUUGAUUGUUUGAGCUCACGAGUUAUCAACGCAUACUCUAAUUGCCAAGCAAUGAGACCACCGAGAGGCGGAGGCCGCGGCGGCGGUUUUAGAGGUGGCCGAGAUGGUGGCUUUCGAGGCAGAGGUGGUGGUCGUUUCGGCGGCGGUCGUUUCGGUGGCGGCGGAUUUCGUGAUGAAGGGCCACCGUCCGAAGUCGUAGAGGUCUCAACGUUUAUGCAUGCAUGUGAGGGAGAUGCUGUGACAAAGCUUACGAAUGAGAAAAUUCCCUUUUUUAAUGCUCCUAUAUAUCUGCAAAACAUGACUCAGAUUGGGAAAGUUGAUGAAAUAUUUGGCCCCAUCAAUGAAUCUUACUUUUCUGUCAAAAUGAUGGAAGGGAUUGUUGCUACUUCGUAUUCAGCUGGUGACAAGUUUUUCAUUGACCCAAGGAAACUGUUGCCACUUGCAAGAUUUCUUACACCACCAAAGGGACAAUCACUAGGUGCUGGAGGUGGAGGCAGGGGAGGUCGUGGUGGAGGCAGAGGUGGCCGUGGAGGUGGUGGUUUUCGUGGAAGGGGUGGCCCAAGGGGUGGGAGAGGUGGUCCUCCUAGGGGUGGUGGACGUGGUGGUGGUUUCAGGGGAAGGGGGAGGUCAUAGGGGAAUUUUAUGUAAUGUUUUUUUCUCAGUGCUUCAAUCAUUUUGCUUUGAAGAUAACAUAGGGCCCCAAUUGAAGAUUUGAUGCUGAAUUGACUUUUUGUUGUUGUUAUGGAUUAAGUGGUUCCAUUGCAUGUUGCGUGAGUAUAUUAUUAUCAUGAUGGGGUGGAUUGAGUUUUGUAGUUUCCAUCCAAAUUGGUGCUUUAUUAUAUUGAUUUGAAGUUC